CAGUCAGCCAAUGGCAGCGUGGCUCCUCCUCCUCCAUCACAUCAUCUCAGUUUCCAAGUGGGAUCUCCACGGCGGCCGGGACACCUCCCUCCACCUCCAUCUCCACCUCUGUCUCUGUGUCCUCCAGCGUCCACCAGAAGAAGAAGAAGAAGCAGGAGGAAGGAGCAUGGAGUAAAGGACAGAAGAGCAGAGAUGUGUUUCGUCCAAUGAGGCUGGUCCAUCCACAUUAGGCCCCUCCUCCUCUCUCUCCCCUCUCUGUCACCAUGAGCGUCAUUGCUCUCUCGCCCGUGGUCACUGAGCCGUCGUCCCCGAUGGUCACGUCUGUCACCCCGACCCAGGACCCGGAUGCGCCCGACACCGUUAGCGCCGCCGCAUUCAGCCUGGACCCGCAGCAUCAGGACCAGGACCAGGACGGGUCCUCGUCGCAGGGACCGGGGCCCAGCCGGGGGCCACACCUGGGACCGGACCAGUCCAGGAGAUCUCAGAGACCGCCGCCACUCCACACCGGCGCCGACUGGAAGGUGGUCCUCCACCUGCCGGAGAUCGAGAAGUGGCUCCGAGCCACGAGCGACAGAGUCACGCAGCUGUCGCAUUCGGUCGGACAAGACGGAGAAAACCGCCACGUGGACGUCCACCUGGUCCAACUGAAGGACAUCUGUGAGGACAUCUCAGACCAUGUGGAGCAGAUCCACGCCCUGUUGGAGACAGAGUUCUCCCUGAAGCUGCUGUCGUACUCCGUCAACAUCAUCGUCGACAUCAGGACGGUGCAGCUGCUCUGGCAUCAGCUCCGAGUCUCCGUCCUGGUCCUGAAGGAGCGUCUGCUGCAGGGUCUGCAGGACCCCAACGGGAACUACACCCGCCAGACCGACAUCCUACAGGCCUUCAGCCAGGACCAGCACCAGACCCGUCUGGACGCGCUGACUGACGUGGAUGACUGUGGUCAGCUGACCAUCCGCUGCAGCCAGAACUACUUCUCUCUGGAUUGUGGUAUCACCGCCUUCGAGCUGAGCGACUACAGCCCUGGUGACGAGCCCGAGGACCGCGGAACCGAGCCCGGCGCCGAGGACCCCGGUUCAGACCAGGACCUGGACCCAGAACCUGGCCUAGAAGAGAGCCAAGGCUCCCAGCUCUCCAAUCACAAACUCCAUAACAGUUUACCUGAACUCUUGGCACCAGGAGACUCCAUAAACCACGCCCACACUCCGUCAGGAUUACCCACAAUGCAAUGCGGCACGUCCAUCCACAGUGAGAGCGCGAAGCGCCCCCUGCAGGGCGUAAGCCUCAGCACCGACGUGUCGCCCACGCAGCCGUCGCUCCCAAAACGAGCUGCUUUGUUCUCGGACGGAGGAACCAGUACAGAGGAGACCAGGGGCAGGUUCAGGAAGGUCAACCCGCUGUCGGGGCUCCAGUUCCAGGCUGAGCUGAGCCGCAGCACCCCCUCCCUCAUGGAUCUGCCAGACAGAACCAAGUUCUGGUUGGAGCUGCACUCGGUUUAUCCAGAACACAUCUCACAGUCGUAUGACAGUCUGCAGGUCAUGAACGUCAACCUCCAGAGGAGCUCCAAGCUGGGGGGCCCAGAGGGGGGCAUCCAGAGACCAAUGCCCGACCAGAGGAGCCCGUCUGGGGCUGUGCCACCCGCUGCCCGCCCCCCUCCUCCACCUCAGGAGGAAGCCCCCGUACAAAUAGAGCGGCCCCGGCCCCGGACACACACUCACAGCGAGGGGGGCUACGACUCCUCGGCCCCCUCCCCCGUCAGGGACACGCUCCUCUCCUCAGACCCAGAUGCCUCCGGAGAAGAAUCCGACCCUCGACCACCGCCCGCCAAGAACCACGUCUGGAUGGUUAAACGCCACGGCCACAAGGCGGUCCAGGUUUCAUCCAAAUCCAGUCCCAACAGGGAGCACUGGUACGGGUCUGAGGAGUUCCUGGCUCUGCCCGAUCAGCUCCGGAAGACCGAGAUGUUGGCCAUGAACCUGGAGAGUCUGGCUCAGACCGUGACCCUGGGCUCUGCUGGAUGUGACUCUACCCAGGAUGCUUUGCAGGACGUGGACGACUGGGAUCUGACGGAGCUCAACCCAGAGUGGGAUGUAGGGGAGAGCGGGGACGACGUGGCGUCUCCUCUGCCUCCGUCACGUCAGUUCAGACGGAACCAUGUCGGCCGCUUUAGUCCCGCCUCCUCCAGCGACAUGGCGCCCUCGUUGGACGACAGCAUUGAGUCGGGGCCGUUUAGCGACCUGACGUCUGAAGACGACGAGGGCCGGAGGUCUGCCGAGCGCCGGCCGAGACCCACAGCGCCCCUGGUGGACGCAGGAGGAAGUGUGUCUCUGGUUCAACAGCUGCUGGAGGACGUUCAGAGACAGAACAAAGACCCUGAUGUUUGGAAGAAGAUAGAGUGCUUCGUGCAGCAGUUGGACGGCUUCAUCUGGUGGCUGCAGGAGGCUCUGGACAGCACCGAGAACUGGACUCAGCCCAGACAGGACCUGGACAGCCUGCGGGCGUACCUGGACACACACCUGAGUUUUAAGCUGAACGUGGACAGUCGUACAGCGUUGAAGGACAGUAUCACAGAGGAAGGCAGAGCGCUGCUGUCCAUCAUCACCUCCCACCAAUCAGCUCUGAAGGAUAUCCUCCAGAUGGUUUCCGGCCAAUGGGAUCAGCUCCAGCGCCAGAUUCGGCGCCAACACGGCUGGAUGCUCCGCGCCCUGCGCUGCAUCCAGGCCCGCCUCUUCUACACCGGCCAAUCACACGAGGCCAUCGCUGUGUCAGGGAUCCCCACGGCCAAUCGGGCGGCGCCGUGCUCCUCUGACGGCCUCCAGGUGGAGCUGAUCUCCAGUCAGUUUGAAGGCCAGCGCGCCGCUUUGGAGCAGAUGGCCAUCAGACUGAGCAGCCUGCAGUACCCGACGUCCACCAGCAGGAGGCAGAACACCCCCCAGACCAAGAACAACAGUCUGCAGGAGUUCGAGGCUGAGUACCAGGAGCUCUGGGAUUGGCUGAUGGACAUGGACGCCAUGGUAACGGACAGUCACCAGCUGAUGAUGUCAGAGGAGCAGAGACACCAUCUAUUCAAGAGCAGCCACGCUGAGCUGAUGGCCAUGGAAACCAGGAGGACCAGCGUUCUGGGCCGAGCCGAGUCCCUGAAGAGGAGUGGUUCCGAACUGCCCGCCCACUUCCACCGCAAAGUCCACAACCUGACGCACACCUGGACACAACUGGAGAAAAUCCUGUCGGAGCAUUCGGGGCCCGGUCCAUCCCGGCGGAACCGGUCGGCCGACGCCCUGCGGGUGGGCGUCACCACGGAGACGUCCCGCUCGGCACUGUCUCCGCUGACCAACUCUCUCCUGGAGCAGCUGGAGGCUCGCAUCAAAGAGCUGAAGGCCUGGCUGAGGGACACCGAGCUGCUGAUCUUCAACUCCUGCCUCCGACAGGACAAGGACGCCACGGCCCAGCUGGGCAGCUUCAAGUCUCUGUGUUCGGAGAUUCGAGCUCGACGUCGUGGAGUUUCGUCUGUUCUUAAACUGUGUCAGAAGCUGCUGCAGCAAACCGGGCCCCAUGGUGGGGUGGGCCCAGAGGCGGAGCAGCCAGAGGCCCUGCAGCUGCUGGUCAUCAACCCUGGGCGGCGGUGGGAGGCCAUCGUGAUGCAGGCGCUGCAGGGCAGAACCGACUGAAGAGGGAGCUGGGGAGAGCAGCAGGUUCCCGGGAACUUUCUGGAACCAGGUCUUGUGGAUCUCCAUCAGCUCACCAGCCCAGCCGGACCAACGGGACUAUCGACCGAUGACUCCUGGGAAUGGGAUGAGCCGACUGACAAUCACGAAUCAGAACCACAGGAAGCACCAGAACCAGAAGAACCAGACCUGACGCUCAACCUCCCCAUGGAACUGGAUCCACCUUCAGAUGGUGGACACCAGAGGAGCAGGACCUCAACAGUGAAUGAUCCUCCAAACAACAACAAUGUCUACCAGGUCUACAGUCUCCAUAACGUGGAGUUGUACCGGCAGCCUCAGUUUCCUUGCUCCUCCUUGAUGCACAAAAACAAAACUGGAAAACGGAAACUCCUCCUGAAGAGCCUGAGCAAGGACUCCUCAUUCUCCUCCAUCGAAUCCCUACCGGACCUCCUCGGGGGUUUGAUGCAGGGAAGAGGAAGUGGAAGGCGAAGCGGCCAAUCAGCGAGCAGUCGGAGAUCAGGGAGCGAGAGCGGCAUCGAUACCGGAGACGCAGAGACAAUCACAACCAACUCUGAAAUCCAGGGAGAAGAGGAGGAUCAGGAGGGGGAGGAGGAGAGGAAGGAUGUCACCCAACACCACCAAAUGAUAGAGGAGAACCUGAAGGAGAAGGUGUGGAGGAGGCCCAGGAGGGGAGGAGAGGCCGUGGAGAUCCUCAUCAACGGUCGUGGCAUCCUGACGCCGGCUGACUCUGAUCCGACUUCGAAACAGGAGGUCCCAGUGUCAACUCCUCCAAGCUCCUGAAACAGGUUGACCAGUACAACUUCGAAGGUUUUGGCGACUCCUCCAGACCUACACCAGGCCUCGAGUCCGGUUUUAUCGCAGGGUUCAUCUCUGGAGUCACUCCUGGCUCUGGGUGUUGAGUUAUUCAAUUCUAAAGAGGUUCUGCAUCGUAGCACUUCCCUGGAAACUUGCCUGGUCCAGGACGGAGCCCUGAGGGUGAGGCCGGAGGGGGCACCAUGGGCAGCCUCGGGGAGAUGGACCUCACACAAACGAAGACCAGGACCAGAUGAAGAAGCAGCAGGAGAGCCUUCAUCUGGGGAGCUGAGCCGGAGAACUCUGGAUCUCCUGAAGCGUCUGGAGAACAUCCAGAGUCCAUUAACAGCUAAGAUGACCCGGAGUGUGUCGGACAUGACGCUUCAGAGCUGCUCCCCUCAGCGCCCCGCUUCCCCCUCCCUCGGCGGUCGACAUGCACCUCUUUCAGGGAUUUCACGUAAAGGUCCGCCAUCUUUAAUCAACGAGAGCUCUGCAACUGCAUCGCUAACAGAGCUGAGCAGCACCGAAGACUCAUCUCUAGGCUCUGAAGACUUCACCAAAAAUCAGCGCCACCUCUUCUUGGAUCCAGCGAAUGCCAACUCGUACCGACGGAAGCACGGAAACAGCCGAGCGGGACCAGAGGAGGCGGACGCUGCCAGUUUGAGCAUGGUGGUGAACGUGUCUGCAUGUACCGAUGAAGACGAAGACGACAGCGACCUCCUGUCUUCGUCCACGCUGACGCUCACCGAGGAGGAGCUGGGAGUCCGGGACGGAGAGGAUGAAGAGGAGGAGAGGCUGAGCGGCGCCUCCUCCGCCAACGAUGAGGAUGAUGAUGAAGAUGACAUGGAGGGGUCUUACAUCUUAGGGCUGGAGUACAUGAAGAGGGAGCUUCAGGGCUGGAUCCGGGCUCCUCGGACCUCGUCUUCAUCAUCCAAAACAGAAGCAGGACUACGAGACGAGCUUCAGUGCGGGACUUUCACCACCUCAUCUCAGAACAAGGAGCAGCCAUGUUUUAUGAGCCGCUCUCCUCCGAAAUUCACCGAAACAACAGUUGGCAAUAAAACAAAAAGCAAAGAAGAGGAGGAGGAGGAGAACCGGAGGAACGCCACCAGAAGCUACAUGAGCCAGUUUGUGGACGACGUUGAGAAUGGAAACGUGGACCAGAGGCUUAAAGGGCAAGACGAAGAUGAUGAGCUCCUUCGAGAGGAGUCCAGCGUCUUCACAAAGAAAGGGGAGGCGCUCAGGGAGUCGUACCUGUUCGGAAAAAGCAGGAAGUCAACGAAGCCCCACGAGAGGCUCCCCUUCCUGACCAAACGCUCUUCCUCCCUGGUUGGUCAGCUCAGAGGGGAGUACCCUGCCACAGCCCGCCCUCCCCUCACUCCCUCCCUCUCUCCUGUGGAGGACUGCAGAUCCCAUGAUGUUGUGUGCGCGGGAAGCGGCGCGGGCGGGAGGAAGGCCAUCACCAUCCAGGAGACGUUCAAGUUCUCAUCGUCAUUGGACGAAGAGACGAAGAGGGAAGUUCGGGACAAAAAGUCGUCACUGCCUCCAAAGAAACGACACCCAACCUCCCACCCGUCCUGCUGCAGCCACCUCCCCUCCGCCUCCUCCUUCCGUCCAAUUGAAGCGGAGGAGACCACAAAGGAGAACGUACAUGACUUUGUGAUGGAGAUUAUUGUGACCUCAUUGGCGUUAAAAAGCAAAGAGAACCAGAGUGAAGAACCGAACCAGGCCGAACUCCUCCCUGUGUCCUCCAGGUUUUGGGAACACUCCCACCGUCCGCUCCACCUCCAAGGCGACUUCUACAACUACCUGUCCUUAUCGUCCCAUGACAGCGACUGCGGCGAGGUGGUCCAGUGCUCCGAGGAGAAGGGCUCCACGCCGGCGCCGUACGCCAUCCCAUCAUACACCUCUCCCAGCCCGAGCCCGGAUGUGUUCGCCGCCGCUCCUCCCACCCCCAGUUCAGGAAACGCCUUCUCCGGUUUGGAACUAGACACUGAAAAGCACAAGGAGGAGGCGGGUCCGAGUCCUGCGGCGUCCCCGCCCCCCAGCCCUGACAUCCGCGACGAGGAGACCCUGUUCUCCGCCUGCACCGAGGAGGUGUACCUGGGCCCCCCCCUCUGCUACAGCAUGGCGCUCCCCAAGAAACCACGCAGGGAUUUGGGCUUUUCAGAACCGGAGUUGGACGGGAUCGGACUCAAACCCAUCGGUAUCUGA